GUGCCGCAUAGGCCCUUCCCCUCGCUCCAGGAUUUCACUCCGACUGUGGAGAGAGAGUAAAGAAACCCAAACACACCGCGCCCACGCGCACGAACCCCGUGCUGGCUUAAGUAAGAGAGGGAGAGGGAGAGAGAGAGGGAACAUGGCAGAGGAGACAAAGGCUUCCAGCGUCGUCUUGCCUCCAACGGCGGCAUCGUUCAGCGUGUGGCCGCCCUCCGAGCGGACGCGAAGCUCAGUCACGCAGAGGCUUGCUGAGACCCUCUCGACGCCAUCGGUCCUCUCGCAGCGCUAUGGUGUCAUGGAUGCAGAAGAGGCCAAGGCCACGGCAGCCGCCAUUGAGGAAGAGGCCUUCAAGCUCGCCUCCGCCUUCUUCUCUGCUUCUUCCAAUGAAGAUGUAGCUGAGAAUGACGGUACCGCCACACUGCAGGCAUAUUCGAAGGAGAUCAGCAAGAGAAUGCUGGACGCCGUAAAAAAGCAUGCAGCCGCAGCAACCGCCACCCCCAAUUCGCUCACUGAGCAACCCUCCGAGUUGAAUCCAGAUCCAGUUGGAAGAAUCUGCUUUGAGGCCUUGAAGUUAGCUGUCAGUGGAGGUACAUAUAAAAAGAUGAAUGAAGAGAACAAAAUUAUAUGCAGAUAUUGACUAGCAACCUUGUGCUAGCAAUAUGCUCAUCAUGUAUGAAUUCUCUCUUCAAUAGCAAUUUUGUUAACCAUUAUAAAGCUAUUUAAGCAAUUGAAUUGUGAUGGUACCAGAGGUUGUGAUUCUUGUGAAUAAAGAGCACUAUCCCACAGUUA